AUGAUUGCCAUCCUGCGCUUCUGGCAUUGCAAAGGUGCACAAGGAGAGGCUCGGUCUCAGAUUAAUUAUCGGAUUGCUAGCAAUGAAAAAGAUGAUGUUCAAAAUUUUUGUACGAAAUGUAUAACAUCAGUUGGAGGAAAGCCUUCACAUGCUGAGCAACUUGCUAAUCUUUUGGUUGCCGCAGAUUACCGUGGUCAUUAUAGUCACGGACUCAACAGAAUUGAAAUGUAUGUUAUUGACAUUGAGAAGGGCAUUUGCGCUGUUAAUAAAGAGCCUGCUAUUCUUAAAGAGACACACUCAACCUCUUUUGUUGAAGGAAAUAAUGUGUUGGGUCCCGUUGUAGGAAACUUUUGUAUGAAUAUAGCAAUAGAAAAAGCCAAAAAGACUGGUGUCUCUUGGGUGGCGGCAAAAGGCUCUAACCAUUUUGGUAUUGCUGGAUGGUAUAGCAUGAUGGCUUCCGCUCAAGGUUUGCUGGUAAGCAAAACAUUUAAGGUUACUAAAAAAAGCAUUGUAAUCUAG